AUGACUUUUUACGAAAGUCAUGAGGGUAGUAGCCGGUCGACGUAUAUACCAGGGAGGGACGAAGCUGUUGAUGAGGUUAUGCGAGAAUGGGAGCAUAGGUAUUCUGUUUAUGAAGACGUAACGAUAUUUAUUUCAACUUUCAAUGUGAAUGGUAAACCCCCACCGUCGUCCUUUCCGACGUGGUUAUCAUACAAAGGCAGAGCACCGGAUUUUUACGCUAUCGGUUUACAAGAGAUGGAUUUGAGUACCCAAGCCUUUUUUUAUGACGUUUCUUCGAGACAGGAUGAAUGGAUAAAAUCGAUUAGCAGGUCCUUACCCCAGUCAGCAGAAUACGAAAUGAUCGAGGUAGUUCGUUUAGUUGGUAUUAUGUUAGUGAUUUUUCGGCGCAAAGAUAGUCCUGUAAAAGUUGACAGAUCAAGUGUCUUUUCUGCACGAUUGCCAACUGGCAUACAGUUGAUCAGUCGAAUGGGCAAUAAGGGUGGGGUUGCAGUUAGUAUGCAAAUUAACAAUUCGUCGGUAUGCUUCGUAAACUCCCAUAUGGCAGCAGGAAACGAAGAAUUAGACAAAAGAAAUCAAGAUUACAGGGAAAUUUCGCAAAUACGUUUUCCUGUCACCAAUAAGUCAAUCUUUAACCACGACGUAAUAUUUUGGUUGGGUGAUUUGAACUAUCGUCUUGAAACUCCAGCUGAUAUGUCUCUUGAUGUUGUUCGUGAGAGGUGUUCUUCUAGUGAGACGUUCCCAUCUAUGUUUGCUUAUGACACAUUAAAGCAGCAGCAGAAAUUGAGCCAAGUUUUUGUCAAUUUUCAUGAACCAGAGGUGUUGAAAUUCCGGCCAUCUUAUAAGUAUGAUGCUGGAACGUCGAACUGGGAUAGCAGUGAGAAAUGCCGUUGUCCAGCUUGGUGUGAUCGAAUUUUAUGGUAUACGGAAUCAAGUGAUCGGAUUGUUCAAACGCUUUAUGACAGCAUUGACGAUGUAAAGCUGUCAGAUCAUAAACCUGUAGUUGCUGCUUUCCAAUUAACUGUGCGGAUUUGGGAUUACGUGGAACUUCAGAAGGUUUUUGAAGAAGCUACUCGAGAGGCUGAUAAAAGAACUAAUGAAGCGUUGCCCCAAAUUUCGCUUUCGACAACAGAGGUUGAUUUUGGUGAAGUUUAUUUUUUCGAAAGUUCAGUAAGAACGGUGACAAUAAAAAAUGUUGGAAAAACGAAAGUAUCGUUUAAGUUUACUCCUCAUCCAGAUCGUCAGACCAUCAGUGAGUCGUGGCUCUCUGUUACCCCUCCAGAUUCUCAUGUGAAGGUUGGCUCGACGUGUCUGCUAAGCCUCCAGGUGUUAGUUGAUAAGAAAGUUGCUUGGUCUGUGGCAGGCGAUGGCCACCUUUCUGAAAUACUCGUCCUUCGUCUUGAUCAUGGCAGGGAUUAUUUCAUACCUAUUAGUGCCCGUUAUAAAGCAAGUGUUUUUGGCUCGUCGUUUGUUGAUCUUAUUCGACAGGAGGCGAAGACGCCAUCGAGUGUCUGCAAUUUAAUUGAUUUGGAUCCAAGUGAUAGGAAAGAAGAACGAAUACAGCUUCCAUCGGUUCCUUACGCGAUGUACGCUCUGGUUGAGAACCUUCGGAAACAUGGCUUAGAAAAAAUUCGUUUCAAUGAUGUAUCUCGUCAUUCUGAAUUUAUUGCACUGAGAAAGGCUCUAGACGCAGGCACUCCAGAAAAUUUGUUUGAAGUUUGUAAGUCACCGUUCAACAUGUUUAAUACGUUGCUUCGGCUUCUCGAUUCAUUCAAAGAUUCAAUCAUUCCGUCUUCAGUGCAGAACGAAUGCUUGAGGACUAAUGGCGACGUAGUUCGAUGUUGGGAGUGUGUGUUGAAAUUCCCAACCGAAAAUCGAAAUGUCUUUGAGUACUACGUGGAAUUUGCACGGGAACUUAUCUCCAGAAAUACAGAUGCAUACUGUUAG